AGGGGUGUUUCAGGGCCAGCGUGUCGUACUUGCGCUUCUCUGCCUUGUUCCCUUUCUUGCAUGCCAGCCUCUUCCUAGUCGUCGAGGAUGACUCAAAAGUGACAUCACUGACGAAAGAGGCAAUACCGCCUAUACCGCCAGAUUGGUGAUCACCCAAAUGGCCCUUCGGCAAGAUGUCCACGCGAAAUUUGAGAUAUGGCUAUCCGUCACGUAUGAACUCCAUAGGCUGAUAGUAGCCCGUGAUGGCCUCCUCGUCUGCAGGCGUUUCGAUAGAAGCCCUCUAUUUGCCGUAAUACUGGGGACCGCCGAUUUUCUUCUGGUGUUUGAGUUGAUGAAUAUUUGCUCCACUGCAUUCACGGAGAUGCUCAUGCGCCAAGCUGGGAAAGUACAUGGGGAAUGUGGCUCCGUCGUGGGGUCCUUGACGGCCUAUGAUCCGGAUCAACUACAAAAGGUUCAUUUUUCGCCCAACGUCUCUUUUCUUCCAUACCAUCGCCCUGGCUGCUUUCCCUCCCCGUCUUCGUCAUGUUUUCCUCCAAGCCCUCAGGCCAUAGCAUCGACGUGGACCCUUUCAUACUCUAUUCUCGCUCUUUACAUGAUUAUACCCUUCAUCUAUGGACGGAGUCUAGACGGGUGGUCGAGGAGGAGACUCAGCGGGCUGAGAUGCUGAAGGAAGCUAACGCCCAAUCAGCAAAGGCUUGCAAAGGGCUUUCAACAAACUCUCAGCCCUCGCCUUCAUUUCCCCCCUCAUCUACGACAUCGAUGACUAUGAAGGACAAGGAGAAAAAGUGAACUCAAUUUCUGUUCCGUGGCGGCGUC